UUAAGUAUCUUUUGAUAAAAGGGUAAUAUUAAAUUACUGUUUGAUUCCCUAUUCUUCACUUUACAGCAGAGAUUUCUUUGAUUCAUUGCUUUUACCUCCCGAAAUGUUCCUUUAUAUUACUUUCUUAACUGUGGCAGUCGUGUUGUCGGCUGCAGAGGAACUGAACGACGAUCUUUGUCCAGCAUGGGGUUCUAUGUACUGCGCUAAAGAUAUCAGAUCUGUGGAUGAUCUGCUUGUUCUUAAUGAUUUUAUGCUGCUUGAAGAAAAUGAAGAAGAGCUGGAAAAAAAGUGCAAGAAUACGGUUCCAUAUGCAAAAUGUGUGGUCGACUACGGACUCAAAUUUUGCCAGAAAGUUUCGGACAACAUUCACUAUCAAGGCUUUAAAUACGACUACGCUGCACUUUCUAGAGUCUGCAACAAGAAUGACGAGGCUAGAAGGUGGUAUAUGGAUAAUGUCAAGUGUCUAAACAAACAAAAGGUGUCAAUUCACACGAAAUGCGAAAAAACACCGAGAACUUAUGGGCUAAAAGACUUAACGAAGGAAGUUUGUGAGAUUGACAAAAGAAGGGUGGAAUGCACUUUCGAAGAAAUCAGCAAGAAUUGUGGGAAUGAAGCUUUAAAGCUGGUGAAACUAAUAAUGCUCUCGUAUACUAAACCGGUGGAGAAAGCCUGUAGUAAAUUCGAGCUUUGAGACAAGCACAGAAAAUGCAGUAUCCUGUAUCAGCUGAAUUUCAUUAAAGCAAAUUAAUUGAUUUAUAAUCGAUACAAAUGUAAACAUCUGGCUUUAAGUUUUCUUAUAAAUUAUUUUCUGUAAAUUA